GGGAUCCAGGGGCUCUGGCUGCAUUACUGUUGAUUACAGGCUGUUGGGUUUCAUUCCUGGGCUGCGGUACUGCACCCCGGGGCAUCAGCGGAGCAGUGCAGAGGAGGAACCUUCCACGGGGCCCAGGACCCUUCUGCGAGCUGUCUGCAAGCCCCAGCUUCUGCUCCUUGCGCACCUUCUGGCAGCAUCUCCCGCGGGGAAGAAGGGGCCCCACCCAGCAUGGUUCAGUUCUCCCCCUGCUGCAACACGGCUGCCCAAACAGGAGGGAGGAAGAGCCCCGGGGAAGGUCCUGUACGGCAUUUGGCCCAGAAUUCACAAAGGGGACGAUCAUGGAGCUGCUUGACCACAAGAAACUGGAUCAGGAUGUGGCUUAUUUUGCUGACGUUGUGAGUACAACUGAGAAUGUGGCAGCGUACACCUGGGAAAACCUCCAGAAGCAUCUGCCCGCGGGGGCUCUUAAUAAGGUCAAGGUGUAUGAAUCCAAGCGGAACGUCAUUGUGUACAAUGGAGACGAGACGGCUCCACUGGCCUUGAUGCGUGACCGGAGCGCACACGGUGUAAUCAGGGACUAGCAUUGUCUGCAGAUGAAAUGAAGCUUUGCAAUCAAGAUAAAAUCUACUGCACUGCAGCUCGUGCCUGUUCCCGCUUCGCUAACUGUGUCCAGUCUUGGUCUCUUGCUCCAGCCCACCCCCCGGCUGCUGCUGACAUGUUGUGAGUGAACAUUUUAAAGCUAAUUUCCGCACAGAAAUAUAAACAACCAAGCUUCCUGCAGAUACUAAACUGUCCCCUACUCCCCGCUGAGGGGUGGAGAGGCAAAGGACCAGGGUAACUGUGUACCAGCAGGACACUCACCUCUUGAGCGCCUCCUGCUGCUGCUGUGCGGUACACCUUUUCUCACUCCUGGCGCCCCCUGUAGGUUGUUGACUUCACUUGGCAGAUCUUCACUGGCUCAGCCCUCAAACUGGGUCACACCGUCAAAACGAGCCCCUGCUGGGGUAGCAAAGAGUCCAACAAAACUGCCUGUCUGCCCUCACCCAGGUCUUCACUCAGCCCCUGCUCUGGGCCCUUCAAAUGCAGCCCUUUGCUUGGGCUUCCAAGGUAGCCUUGUCCCAUUAUCAGGGCUUACACACUUUGCCAGUGGGGGAACCCAGGCCCACUCCCUGCUCCAGGUUCUGACCCAGGGACCCUGUGAACAGCAGCCACGUUCUGCUCACUUUGAUUCAUUGCUGCUACUUCCCUGGACCUUUUCUCACCUGGCCCCUGUAUCUUCACUCCUUGCUUCAGUUCUCAGGGCCUUCCCCCCAGCUUAAGCCAGUGCAGCCAGAACCAAAUUCUGUUCACCCCUCGAGCGCCUGUGGCCAGAGAGUAGCUCCCAGACCCACCCUCUGGUUCCCCCAGCCAGGGACUGAUCUGCCUGGGCCCUGCAGCUCCUUUUAUCUGGGCCAGUGGAGCUCUGAUUGGCUGCCUGUACUGAGGCUUCUCUAGGCAGGCCCAAAGGACCUACCUUCUCUGCUGCUUUCCUGGGGCAGGGUGUAGUGGGACCCUGGGGCCUCCGUCACUGGGCUAGGAAUAGCCAGGUGCACCCUAUCACCAGAAGGAAUACUGAUGACAACACUGUGUGAAUAAACAGCCUUUGCAGACCACCCUCAUGGUGUCUCCUUCAGCUGCUGGCUCUAAGGAACUGAGUACAUAUAGUGACCAUCCCAGAGCAGGGCUGCAGCUGGUGAACUCCCUGGGGGAGAGGCGUCAGCAGAAGGAGUUCUUAGAGUAAGAUGCGGUGUGCACAGAGCACAGUCAGGUGAAGCUGCAGUUCAGUGGCAGCGUGAACUUGCGCUACUGCUGGGGAGAGCAGGGCUCAGACACUAUUAGCUGGAGGCAACAGCACUGAGCUUGCAACAGUUAGGAAUCGGAGCCAGGCACAGUGUAGUGCACCAUCUACUGUCCAACCAUCUGCAGUGCCUGAGAACUAGCUGAGAAAUAAUGUCUCCAUGAAGGGAGCAGACUAAGGACUUGCAGGGGCUAGUAAACAAGAUUGUGUAGGCUAAUCUGGCCUGCAACCCAGGCAGCCAACAAGGUACAGAAAAGGUACAGAAAU